UUACUACAAUUUAGGCGGCAUGUGAUAUACAAAAUCACUGAUAACUUUGUGUCAUAUAUUAUCUCCUUGUGACAAAUACAACGUAGAUAUUGAUUUUUAUAUUUAAAACGCGUGAAAUAAGUAUUUUUAUAAAGUUGUACAGUUUUGUAACAAAACAAUAUGUCAAAAGAUAUCAGAUCUUUUUUCAAACCAAUUGGCAGUAAAACAACUGCUCCAAAAAAAGAACCAGUUAUUUCCUCUGACGAAGAAGAUGCAAAAUCCUCGAAAAUUACAAAAAAAUCAAAGGUUGUAGAGAAAAAACGUAGGAAACAUGUAUUGUCAGAUUCUGAGGAUGAAGAGCCAAUUAAGAAGGAGGUACAUAAAAAAACAGAGAAAAAAAUAACAGAAAAUCAUAAAAAUGUUUCGGCAUCCGAUAUAUUUGGUAAAGGUCCAAUAAAAAGGGAAGCUGCGACAAAAAUUGUCAAAAAACCAAAGGAAACAAAGGAAAUUAAAAAAGUUGACAAGAAAAUCAAAACCGAAUUAGAAUUUCACGAUGAUGAUAUGAAUUCAUCAAUUCUUGCUAUUGACGAAUCAUUGGCAAUUGAAGAAAGUUUAGCUGCCGUCAAAUCAGAGGAAUUGAAAAAAAUUGAUUCAGUCAGUGGCACUUUAAAAAAGAACAAUGAAAAUCAAGUUAUCGAGAAAGAAAAACCAUCGGAUUUGUUGCCGAAAAAAAUGAAAGAAAAAAAAUCACCGAAAAAGCAUUUGGAAAUUGAUAAAGAUUCAAAAACGGGCAUAAAACGUAAAUCAAAUAAAACUCACAGUAAAUUGGAAAUUGAUGUUAGUGAGAAGAGUACAAAAAAAGCAAAAUUUGAUAUAUCCUCCGAUAUGUUUGAGGAAAUAAUUGAAAAGAAAAAACAAACUUCGGCACUUUAUCAACAAUUUUUACAUCGAGGUGGUGCACGUAAUCCUGGUUCAAAAGAAAUUCCCAUUGGCGCUGAUUAUUGUCUCGCUGGUUUAAGUUUUCUAGUAACUGGUGUUCUCGAUUCACUUGAACGUGAGGAGGCUGAUGAAUUAAUACAAAAAUACGGUGGUCGAAUGCUUCAUCAAGUUUCACGUAAAACUGAUUAUGUAAUUUGUGGCGAUCAACCUGGUCCUUCAAAAUUAAGUAAAGCCGAGAGUUUAAAAGUGCCAAUAAUAUCGGAAGAUGAAUUAUUUGAUUUAAUUCGUACACGACCAGCUGGACGUAGUACAAAUAUUAUAAAAUCUCACAGCAAAGCACAAGGACAUGUACGUCCAAAAUCACCAGAACCCGAGCCAAUUCAUCCAAUUUCACCGCCGAGAAAAAAGAAUAAACCCAAUGGAUUUGAAAAUGAAAAUAAAAAUGAAAAAUUAGAGGAGAAAAUUAUUGAAAUAAAUCAAGAAAGUAAAAAUGAGAAAAAAGACGAAAAAACGAGUGAGAAUAAUAAAUCGACGGAGAAAAUUGAAAAGAAUAAAAAAAUUGAAACAUUGGAAAAUAGUGAAUCGACAAAUUCAACGUCAUUCACAAAAACAGAUGCUUUGGUUGAAAAAUAUCGACCGCAAACAAUGAAACAAUUAAUUGGUCAACAGGGCGACAAGAGUAAUGCAAAGAAAUUUCACUUUUGGUUGAGUAAUUGGUACAAGAAUCGUAGCUCAAAAGUAAAACCAUCGAAACCAACGCCAUGGACAAAAAAUGACGAUGGAUCAUUUUUCAAAGCUGCUUUACUUUCUGGUCCACCGGGAAUUGGAAAAACAACAACUGUCUAUGUUGUUACCAAAGAACUUGGUUUUGAUUUACUUGAAUUCAAUGCCUCGGACACGAGGAGUAAAAAAUUAUUAAAAGAUGAAGUCUCUGAUUUACUGUCAAAUACAACCGUGAAGGGUUACUUCACAAACGAUAAAACGGAAAAAUCAACUAAAAAUCAUGUUUUACUGAUGGACGAAGUUGAUGGAAUGGCAGGAAAUGAAGAUCGUGGUGGUUUACAGGAAUUAAUUGCAUUAAUUAAAUCCACGGAUAUUCCCAUUGUUUGCGUUUGUAACGAUAGAAAUAAUCCAAAAAUGAGAACAUUGGCAAAUUACACAUUCGAUCUUCGCUUCCAAAGACCAAGGAUUGAGCAAAUUAGGGGGGCAAUGAUGUCGUUGUGUUUCAAGGAAAACAUAAAAAUCAAGUCCGAGGAAUUAAAUCAAUUAAUUGAAUCAACAAAUCAAGAUAUUCGUCAAGUAAUAAAUCAUUUAGCAUUACUUGGUGCAAACGUCGAGGGUAAGGAUGAAACGGACAAUAAAAAAGUUGUAAAUAAAGAUAUGAAACUUGGACCAUGGGAUGUUGUUCGAAAAGUUUUCACUGAAUCCGAGCAUAAAAAUAUGAAUAUUCACGAUAAAAGUGGAUUAUUUUUCCACGAUUACAGUAUUGCACCAUUAUUUGUUCAAGAAAAUUAUCUCUCCGUUGUUCCAAAAGCACCAAAGAACGAAAUUUUGGAGCGAGUUGCAAAAAGUGCUGAGAGUUUGUGUAUUGGCGAUCUCAUUGAAAAUGCAAUUCGUGGUAAUGGCGCAUGGUCACUUUUACCAACUCAAGCAAUGUUUUCGUCAGUGAUUCCUGGUUCUUUAAUGUCCGGUUAUGUGGCCGGUCAAAUUACAUUUCCAUCAUGGCUUGGACGAAAUUCAAAACGUAAUAAAAUGGAUAGAUUAUUGCAAGAAAUUACGGUUCACGCUCGGACAACGACAGGAGCAAGUAAAGAAGCAAUGAAUUUGGAUUAUCUACCUCAAUUAAGAAACGCUAUCACGAGACCUUUAAUUGAAGAAGAUGUUGAAACAUCUAUCGAUGUUAUGAAUCAAUAUCAUUUAUCAAGGGAUGAUUUUGAUUCAAUAUUGGAAGUUUCUUUAUGGCCUGGAAGUCGUAAUCCAAUGCAGUUCGUUGAAACAAAGGUAAAAUCGGCAUUUACAAGGGCUUAUAAUAAAAAUGCUGCAACUGGUGCGUACGCAUUGAAUGCCACUGUAAGUAAAAAGAAGAAAACCACAGCCUCACAGGACGAAGAAUUGGAAGGUUUAGAAGAUGAAGAAAUUGCGGAUUCUGAGGAGGAAGAUGAUAUUGAUGUUUCGAAAAUGAUGAAGACGAAGAAAGCAACAGCAAGUAAGAAAACUUCUUCAAAAGAUGAAGAUAAACCGUCCACGAGUAAGAAGAAUUCGAAAAAUGAUGAUAAACCGAAACGAGGGAAAGGUCGAGGAAAAGCAAAAUAAAAAUCUAAAUAACAAGAAGUGAACGAAAAAUUUUUUUCAUUUUUUCAAAAAACAAAAAAAGGAUAAAAUUUGUCAAUGAUUCCUAAAAUUUUUUUUGCAUUCUUUUAAAACAAAUUUUUAGGAUAUAUUCUCUUUAUAAAAUUAUCUUCUAUUUUGAUAUUUUCAUUUUUUUUUUUUUUUUUUUUUUUUAAUCAUGUAUGCAAUUAUUUUCGAUAUUAUUAUAAUAUUAUAAUCAUCAUCGUCUCUUUUAUUUAUUUGAUUUGUUUAUUAUGCGCUAAUUGUGAUAAUUUGUUUUAUUCUCAAUGAAUUUUUGUGUCAAAUAAUAAAUAUUUUUUGAAAAUAAUUUGAAUUAUUCUGUUUAUUCCAAAUUUUUCCAUAUCUAUACUAUUUAAAUGAGUAUUCGAAAAAAGAAAAAAUUUCUUUUUGAAUAGAUUUAAAUAAAUUUUUUAAUCAUUGUUUUUUUUUUCUUGUGAAAAAUAUUUGACAGACAAAAAAAAACAUCAAGAAUCAUUCGAAUUUCUUUUUUUAUUUGUUAGAUACUUAAAAAAAAUACAAGUUUAUGCAAUAAUCGCGGAUAAAAUGAAAGGUGAUGUUUUUUAUUGUAUUAUGGAAUGUUUUCGAUGUGAAAUCACGCAAUUUUGUUUUUUUUUCAUGUCUUUGAUCA